ACCAAUAAAACAAAAAGUUCACAAGUUUAAAAGUGGGCACAAGAUGAUUCAGGCUGAUUUGGUUCUCUUUUUCAAACUGCAAUAGCUUUAACCCGUUAAAGAAACAUCUUCUCAUCUCCCUAUUAAUAUUUAUAAUCCUAAAACAGGAAUGAUGAAAUGGGGAAGAAAGAAAGUACAUGUCCCUUCUUCAUCUUCUUUGUCUCGUGCUCAUCAUGUUUCUUGGUUUUCAAAGUUGAGAGGUUCUUCUGACUUGAAACCUGCAAAGGAGAAGAAGCAUCAUGAUGAAGCUAGCCAGAAGAUGUCUACAAAAUCUUCCUUGAGUUCUACUAAACCUGGAAAUGAUAUUCAUGAGAGCAGCAAAAGGUUACAGAGAGUAUCAGUAGAAAAGGAGAACGUUGCAAAAAGGUCAGCAGGCAUGGAGUCAAAUGAGAAGUUUGAAGAGAUCAUGAGCAGUGUGAAGAAGAAAGCAAGAGAUUACCGAAGAGAGACGCGUGGCUUCCUAGAAGUAGAGGCAAUGGAUAGAGACAAAGGAGGAACUGUGAUCAUGACGCCAAGAAUUCACGUGAACAGAGAUAAGAAGAGACGUGACCAAAAGCUUCUCCUACAAAAACCAAAGAGAUCAGAACAGGAGUCAGAGGUCAAGGUGCAAAAACCAGCCACAAGAACAUGUACAAGAAGCUACAGUAGAGAAGAUUUUGUGAAGCUGAAGGAAAUAAAACUAAGAGAAGUGAAGCUGAAGGCUGACCAACGGAGGAAGUCUAUGUACCUAAGAAGGGAGCUAGGAACCAAAGAAAACAGCAAUGUUAGAGUCUUUUCACCAAGAGCAUGCAGAGUUAAAGCUAUGGAAGACUUGAAGAAGGCUAAACUGAGAGCACGCGAGCACGAUGGGGGAGGAAUGGAGAAGGAAAGCUUUGCAGUUGCGAAAUGCUCGACCGAUCCUCAGAAGGAUUUUAGAGAUUCAAUGGUGGAGAUGAUCAUGGAGAAUGGUAUUAUCAACCACCCUGAAGAACUCAAAGGGCUUCUGGUUUGUUAUCUUAGACUCAAUACCAAUGAAUAUCAUGACAUGAUCAUCAAUGUGUUUCAGCAGGUGCACAGUGAUUUAUAUUUACAUUAAUUUUGGUGUAGAAUAGUAAUUAUCCCUCAGUUUUUAAUAUUGAAAUUUUAUAGAAUUUUUUUUCCAAAUUAGAUGACUUUUUCAAUUUAACUUUGUAUCACCCUUGGUAUUUUCUUGUGUAUUUUAUUAUUGGUUGAAUUUUGUUUAAGUGAAUAAUUAAUGAUAAUUAUUUAAAAAUGUAAAACAAAAUUAAAUGUUUUUUUAAUCUAUGUACACGAUCUUGAAAUUGUGAUCUAAUAAAAAGCAGAGGGAGUAUCAGUCAUAAUCUUUUGCAUAAUAGAGAAUGUAGCAGAGCUUCUAGAUGAUGCCUAACUCUCACAUGAAUCAAAGUAUCAAAGACAGAAAUAACUGAACAAAGUUGUCAGGUUAAGCUUCUAUAGUCCUGAAAGAUUAAUGUUACAGUCUGCUACUGAAAGGACAUACAUGUGAUGAUAAAAAGCAGAACCAUACUCAAAAUACAAUGAACCGACAAG